AUGGAAGGCAAAAAACGCCCUCCCUCAUCCUUGGAAGAUACCCAAAGUAAUCGAAAACGAUGUCGAAUUAGCACUACGACGAAGGAGGACGCGGUGGCGCAUGGCUUUGUAGAUGACAUGGUGUUCGAGAUAUUAACAUGGGUUGCAGCUAAGUCUCUAAUGCGAUUCAAAUGUGUUUCUAAAGCUUGGAAUAGUUUGAUACUACAUGAUUUCAACUUUGUCAAGUUGCACAUUGCUCGUUCUAGAGACCGUCCUCUAGCCACCCGCCUUUUAUAUGAAAUAGGUUUAAAAACACCUCAUAUUCCCCAACACUACUUGAACGCUACAAGAAGGGUUACUUAUAACCAAUCACCACUUGAACUAUUCCCUUUACAACUUGUGGGUUCUCGUAAUUAUUUUGAUUAUGGAAAGAUUUUUAUUUGCUCAAAUCAUUGCAAUGGCCUUGUCUGUCUGUAUAACGGUAAAGACAGUCAAGGUUUCUUGUAUAACAUCACAACAGGGGAAAUAAAAGCUUUGCCAUUCUCAUUGGGAUAUACACGAACAUGGGAUCGUCCAGAAUUGUAUCUAGGCUAUGAUCCGGCCACAGAAAGAUACAAAUUGCUUCGCGAUCGUAUUUAUUACAAGAAAAGGCCAUGUAUAAAGAUUCUAACUCUAGGAACUAAUAAUUCAUGGAGAAGAAUAUGUGAAAAUAGCCCUGGUAAACUUAACAAUUUGAGUUCUGGUCGUACCUUCGUCAAUGGGGUACUUUAUUGGGCUAAUCCUAAGUUUAAUUCUAUCACCUAUUUCAACUUAACAGAGGAGAAGUUUGGAACUCUUUCACCUCCAGAAAGAAGUCGAGUAAGCGAAAUUCAAAGUGCAUUGUGGGGAAAGUUGAUUGUGUACCCGCGUGACCAACCUGAAAACUGCAAUUUGGUGGUAUACGACGAGGUAAACAAGGUUUUUACAAAAUUUGAUUCCGAUCCGGAUUUGAUGAAGGAGAAAUUUGUAGUUCUUGAAGCAGAAAACAUUGAAAAAAGAAGAGAGAAUGAAAAAUAUAUUCUUGCAACAUCAAGCCUGACCUCAACAUAUUUGGUGUUCGCCUAUCAUUUUUGGCCAAGAUAUGUUAGCAGGUUUGAUGAAAACAUUAUUCCAUUAUCAUUUAUUAUUGACGUUUAG